AUGGCCAUAACAUCUAUUCCCAGUAGCACCACAGUGUUUCCAAUGCCUCAACAAGUAUUGAAACAAAGUAGAGAGGUUGUUAUUUCUGAGGAAAUUGGCCGUGCUAGAGUGCUCACCUUAAAUCGGCCUAACCAUUUAAAUUAUAUAUCAGGCAAAGAGGCAUUAAUGCUAGGGCAGAAAUUCGAGAAAUAUGAGAAAGAUGAUAACGCGGAAUUUGUAAUCAUCAAGGGGGCUGGCCGUACAUUCUCUGCUGGUGGGGACUUGAAAAUGUUCUAUGAUGCCCGAGACACAAGGGAUUCUUGUCUUGAAGCUGCUUAUAGAAUGUACUGGCUUUGCUACCACAUUCAUACCUACAAUAAACCACAUAUUGCUCUUGUCCACGGGAUGUCAGUUGGUGGAGGUGCAUCCUUGAUGGUUCCAAUGAAGUUUUCUGUCGUCACAGAGAAAUCGUUUUGUUCCACUCCUGAAGCAAGUCUAGGGUUCCACCCAGAUUGCGGCUUCUCAUACUUGCUUUCGCGCCUUCCAGGCCGACUUGGGGAAUACUUGGGCUUAACAGGAGCAAAACUAAAGGGUAAAGAAGUGGUUGUCGCUGGACUUGCCACUCAUUUUGUUCCUUCUCAGAAAUUAUUCCAGCUAGAGAGACGCUUGCUUAGCAUAAAAAGUGGUGAAGAGGAUGCUAUUAGAUCUGCCAUCAAUGAAUUUUCCACAAAUGUUCAUAUUGAUGAAAGAAGUAUCUUGAACAAGUUGUCCAUAAUCGACAAGUGUUUCUCCAAGGAUUCGGUGGAGGAGAUAGUGGAGUCACUUGAAGCCGAGGCAAGCAAAAGAGGAAAUGCUUGGAUUAUGCCAGUGCUUAAAAGCCUAAAGAAAGCAUCUCCAACAGGAUUGAAAAUAACAUUGAGAUCGAUACGAGAAGGAAGGACACAAACCCUAUCUGAAUGCUUAAGGAGAGAAUUUCGGAUUUCGAUCAACAUACUACGAACCAUAAUAUCUAGUGAUUUCUAUGAGGGCAUAAGGGCUUGCAUAAUUGACAAGGAUAAGUCUCCAAAGUGGAACCCUUCAACUCUUUACAAAGUGCACGACGAGCAGCUCGACUUGAUCUUCAAGCCAUUUGAAGAACAUGACUUAGAAUUUCAAAUUCCUAUAAAAGAAGAAGGAUGCAGGUGGGGAGGACAAUAUGAAAAUUCGGGUUAUUGUCGUCCUAACCAAGUGAACAUUCAAAAGGCGUCCCGAUCAACAACUCGUGAAAGCGUACUUAUAUAA